CUCCCGGCCCGUGUUUCCCUCGCCAUGUCCGCCUUGGAGAAGCAGCUGCAGCUGGGCCGCCUGCCCCCUCGACCCCCGGGCCCUGCGGGGGGCAGCGGCCAGGCCCCGCCCAAGAUGCGCAUGGGGCCUGGCAGGAAGCGUGACUAUUCUCCAGUCCCGUGGAGCCAGUACUUCGAAUCUAUGGAGGACGUGGUGGUUGAUAGCGACUCCGGCAAGGAUACUUUUCGAAUUUACAAGAGUGGGUCUGAGGGCCCCGUCCUGCUGCUCCUACACGGUGGAGGCCAUUCCGCGCUCUCCUGGGCUGUAUUCACUUCCGCCAUCAUUAACCGGGUUCAGUGUAGGAUCGUGGCUCUGGAUCUGAGAGGACAUGGCGAGACGAAAGUGAGGAAUCCUGAUGACCUCUCAGCAGAAACGAUGUCCAAAGAUGUCGGAAACGUGGUGGAAGUGAUGUAUGGAGACCUCUCCCCGCCCAUUAUGCUGAUUGGGCACAGCAUGGGUGGUGCCAUCGCCGUGCAUACAGCGGCAUCCAAUCUGAUACCCAGUUUGUUGGGUCUGUGCAUGAUUGAUGUAGUGGAAGGUACAGCCAUGGAUGCCUUGAACAGCAUGCAGAAUUUCCUUCGGAGUCGCCCCAAGACAUUCAAAUCCAUUGAGAACGCCAUUGAAUGGAGCGUGAAAAGUGGACAGAUACGAAACCUUGAAUCGGCCAGAGUUUCCAUGGUGGGCCAAGUCAAAGAGUGUGAAGGAGCCGCAAGCCCCGGAGGCCCCAAGACGAUCGUGGAGGGGAUUAUAGAGGAGGAGGAAGAGGAGGAGGAAGAAGAUGAAAACGGAGAGUCUGUGAACAAGAGGAAGAAAGACGAUGACGCAGAGACCAAGAAGGAGGUGGCCUACACGUGGCGGAUUGAACUCGCGAAGACGGAGAAGUACUGGGAUGGCUGGUUUCGGGGCCUGUCCAACCUCUUCCUCAACUGCCCCGUUCCCAAACUCUUGCUUUUGGCCGGCGUUGACAGACUGGAUAAGGAUCUAACCAUUGGCCAAAUGCAAGGGAAAUUCCAGAUGCAAGUCCUGCCGCAGUGCGGCCACGCUGUCCAUGAGGACGCCCCGGACAAAGUUGCUGAAGCAGUGGCAACUUUCUUGAUCCGUCACAGGUUUACAGAACCCAUCGGUGGAUUCCAAUGUGUUUUCCCAGCUUGUUAAUAACCCGAGGGUCCCCCAGCACCGACUCCCGUUGUAAAUAAAACUGCCCCCGAGGCCACCGCGGCGUCUUCUGUAUCCUUCUCAUGCACCCGGUUCGGUAUCCAACUCCCACUGAUCGGCGCAAGACUCGUCCGAAGCGAGAUCUCCUACGUCUUCCCCACCUUCGUCUGGCUGCAGCUCUCGCGUUGCCUGGAUCGGGGCUGAGCGUGGCGGGGAAGCGUGCUGUGGCAUUCCAAGCGGCUCUUUGUGAAAUCACGGACGAGCGCCAGGCGUCGGCAGCCAAACUCGAAAGUUGUACACCUUUUGCUUGGGGGGAAAAAAGCAUCUCUGCCUCAGCCCCCAAUGUUUCGUUUGGUUUUUCUUUAGCAUGUGGGAUGCUGCCAUUUUGGAUGGCCUCGAUUUUGUCCGUCCUGAUUUUCUCCGUCUCUUGUGUUUUGAGAGAAGGCAAGAUUGAUUCAGCUAGACCUCCCCACCACCACCGCUUUCUCCUGAAAGUAGAAAAAUGAGUUCGCAGCAGUGCAGGGCCAACCGCUUCGGGAAUCUGUCAACGCAUUCAGAAGCGGCAACAACCAGAGACUGCGGUGGUCUUUGGCUCGGCAGCUCACCAGUUGCCGGGCUAAAGUUCAUCUCAAAAGGGAGCGCAGAUGUGAAGGUCCAGGAAUUGGGCCUUAAGCUGCUGGUGCUUUCCCUGCCAGAUGUUCAAGCACCAGCCUGCUAGGAUUUCCAGAUGUUCCCUAGCGCCUGCGGCUGACGGUUGGCUGGGAAACAGCGGACAAAUUUGGCUUUUCGAUUCCAGGCAUCAUUGCACAAUUUCACAAACCAACAACAGGCAGUCAGAAGGGAGGGAGACACUUGGGAGGUGGGGGUGAGGGAGAACCUCAUUUAGGCCCGGUUGCUGAAUUUAAAGCCAUUCCUUCAUUUGGCUUCCAGGCCCCAGAGAAGACCUUUGCUGCUGAUGUGUCUUUAGCCGUGACAGGCAGGCUUGCGUUCUUCCGUUAAAUUUGGCCACCCGCUCGAAUCAAAGCACUGGUUCUGACUCGGUCGGUUGGCAAGGGGAAACGUGGAGGAACCCAGCGAAGGAGGGCGUUUGCGCAUGGCGCUACGACGCGGCACGGCCCACCAAGUCUGGAGAAUUAGGGCAACUUCCCCGCGAAGUGGUUUUGCGAUAACUGUUGGGAGAAAAAAUGUGUUUGUGUUGGAAUUUGGUGGCCGCGCGAGAGUCCCGGGGGCUGCAGUUGCCUCUUUCUCCAUCCUGCCUUGUAAAAGCCCUCUGGGGAAAAGAAGGAACACGGUGGUGAUGCAUUCCAGUGGCCAAGCCCCCCGGGAUGUUCGCUUGCAAACACCCCCCGGCCCGUUCGCUUCUGCAGGGUUUUGGCAAGAAAACAGCCCAGCGGACUGAGUCCUAUGAGAUCCACCAAAGUAGAACCCAUGGUGGGAUGCCAGGUCCGUUUCUCACACUGAGGAGGACUUCUGACUCCUUUCUCUCCAUAGUUGUGAUUUGGAAUCAUUCCUGUGGCAUCAAAGGUUGGGCGACUUGUGGCCCUCCAGAUGUUUUGGUCUACGACUCCCAUGUUCCCCGCCACUGGCUGUGCUGACUAGGGGUGAUGGGCACUGCAGGCCAAAACAUCUGGAGAGCCACAAGUCGCCCACCCCUGCCACAGAGCAAGAACCAGAUAAGGCAGGUUGAAGUUCGAGCGAUCUGGGCACCCUUUUUUAUCGCUGGUUUUCUGGCCAGGAAUCAUUCGUUCCCAGCCCUUUCCUGCAAAAUCCCUUCGGGUGGGGGGGCAAUACCUGUUUGGACCAGUCCUUGGGUGUGCCCCAGUGACCUUUUAUCUUCUGUGCCACUAUGGCCGCCAGCGCCUUUGCCACCUAGGGAGGAAGCCCCCAUGUCUCUGUGGCUGCCUUCCACUCCAGGGGGUCAAGGGGAGGAACCCCAAACUUGGGUCUCUCACAGUUGCCGCCGCCAGAUGAGCUGUGCAGCAGGCCAAGGGCACUUGCCUCCAGCAGGGUUUCCAGCCCCACGUCCUAGCGGGCUCCUCUUUUUCCGUUGCGGCUGCUGGCAGCGGCAUCAAGACACUGCCUGCCCCCCCCCCCGAAGUGGCCAGAUGCUGUCGUCAUGGGGAGCGUCCCAAAUUUAAAGGCCCCUCUAGGAGUUGAACAGGUCAACGAUGACCUCGGGGCGGCCUGCCUCCUCUUUGGGUCCUUCCUUCCUCCCCUGGGCUCCUGCGCUUGCUUCAAUCAGCCGCCCCCAGCCGCCGCCGCCUCUCCAGAUGUGUCAUAGUCCAACACAUCUGGAGAGCAUGAGGUUGGGGAAGACUAGCUGUAGAUGUUUAGGCUAUUUGUGCUUCUGUGGGUGAUGGAGAUCUAUUUCCCUGUUCUUCAGGCAUCUGCUGGACGGACGGACUGAGCUGCCCUGGACUCGAGGGCCUGACCGAGGGGAGGGGAGGGCACGGUGGGGUGAGAAAUGUCAAAUUCCCCCCCCAUCUUCAUUUGAUGAUUUUCUUUAAACUGAGUUCAGUUUUUCUGAUUUGAAAAUGAAAGCUUACCUUUUUUUCCCCCUACCUCCCCUUCCCCCAGUUAUGUCUAUGCGUGUGUAUAUAUGUAGUGAAGCUGUCUUGAAACUUCUGCGGCCCGCCUGUAGCCCCCCCACCCCCACCCC